CCAUUUCUCUGAAGCUGACAGAAAUAAAGAACACCACCCCCAACUGCAAAUGCGAAGCAACACAAUAUUUUCAAGAAGAGUAAAAAUAAUUUUCAAAAAAAAAAAAAACCAGUAAACGAUAAUGGCGAUCUGCAAACGUUGCUGAUGAAAGAUUCCCUCUAAUUUUUUUUUUCCUUUCUAAAAGACUGUUCCUAUUUUUUUAAUGGGAUUAAGUAAAAAAAUAAUUCGGUUUGGUCUCUGCUGCUACACUGCUGAGCAAUUAAAAUAAAUAAAUGCUGUUUUUGAAAGUUAACAAAGCUUGUUAGACACUUUUUGUAAACUAAAGCUGACAACUUUGGCCUUUUCGUUGUCGUCUUCGUCAAGUUACUGAGGUUAGGGUAUAUUUCUUUUCUUAGCUCUUUUUACUUACUAGUAUUGUCAUACAGUGCGUGAUCAUUUUUGUGCGUGUUUGGCUGCCGAGAAUGUUUUGCUCAACUCAGUUGAGCUUAUUUUACUUCUUUUCAGUUUCUCUGGAAACAUAAGGGAAUUGCCUUUACUUCUUUAUUUUAUUUUGGUUGUUAUUUUCUGGGCAAUCUUUUCUGCUUGCGUUUGUUUGUUCCAUUCAAUUCAAAAUCUAUUAUUGUGAUUUUUCUUUCUUUAACUUUCCUAAACUUUGUUUCUUUUCUGUGUUCUUCUUUGCAGUUGAAUUUUGAGCCUGCAAGUACACUUUUUUCUUUGUUAUGCUAGUACUCAUGUUUUAAUAUAAAUUCAUCUCCCUUAUGAUUUGCAAUUGCUCCUUUAUCCUUUUGCUUUUCUGAUAGUAAAUCGAAGAAGGAAAUUGAAGUUCUUUUCAAUAAGGGAGUGAUCUCUGUAUUAGUUGGUAGUCAGUGCCUUUUGUGGUAUGGAAUUCAGGUUUCAUUUUCAAAAAUUAUGCCAAAUUGAAACCCGGAGAUGGCUUCUUGUGGUGGGGGCAGUGGCUAUAACUCAUAUACUGUUUCAAUCUCUAUUGCUUCCGUAUGGAAAUGCUCUCAGGUCUUUAUUGCCCAAUAGCAAUGAUUUAACAUAUGAUAAAAGCAGCUUUCCAAUCAUACUAUCUUCUACAAAGUCUCUGAUGGUUCGUAAUCCUCUCGCCAUUGAUGCUUCAAGUUUGAGUAAAGGCUCCAUCCUUAAUGGUGUGGUGAUGAAAGAUGCUGCCACUGCCGGUAGAAGUGGAGAUGGUAGUCAUGACAGUGGAUUACAGAGAAACAGAGGAGACUCAGACAGUGAUUUUACAUCUGAGGACGAAGACCAGGAUAAUCCUAUUGAUCUUGCAGUAGAUAAUGAUGGAGAUAGUGUUGAUUUUGUAGAAGAGGGUAUGGACAAUCCUAUCGAGCUUGUUGUGGAUAGAAAUGUAAAUGAUUUCCCAUCUGGAAAUGUCAUGGAUAGCAAUGGGACUUCUUCAGUGGAAAGCAUCAAAAGUAAAGAAAGUAAUUCUUUAAUGGAAUUUAGUGGCAAGCGUGACCUUCCCAUUGAUCAAAAUGGAAAGUCAAAACAUGAAAUUUCAAUAGACAAUAAUCUGCCACAGAAAGAUUUGGGGCGCAUAAAAAUUGCUGUUAAAUCAUCUCCACUGGAAUCAGAGAUAGUAACUUCAUCAACAAACAUCAGUUACCCGAGAUCAAAUGGAAGUUCCUCUGUUGGUUCUGCUAUCCAGAAAAAUGGCUUUGCAACUUCAAAAAAUGAUUCUGCAAAGAUGGUUAACCCUGCAGGGAAAAAGAUGAAGUAUGAGAUGCCUCCAAAAUCAAUAACAUUGAUAGAUGAGAUGAACCAAAUAUUAGCCCGAAAUGGUCGGUCUACGCAUUCAAUGAGACCAAGAUGGUCCUCCCAUCGUGAUCAGGAGAUUUUGGCUGCAAGGUCACAGAUUGCGAAUGCUUCUGUUCCAGUGAAUGAUCGAGAUCUUUAUGCUCCUCUCUUUCGAAAUGUUUCCCAGUUUAAAAGGAGUUAUGAACUCAUGGAGCAUACACUCAAAGUCUAUAUCUAUAAGGAUGGAAAGAAACCCAUCUUUCAUCUACCAAUAUUGAAGGGAUUGUAUGCCUCGGAGGGAUGGUUUAUGAAACUGAUGCAGGGAAACAAGCAUUUUAUUGUGAAAGACCCUCGAAAGGCUCACCUGUUUUAUAUUCCAUUCAGCUCAAGAAUGCUUGAGUACUCCCUUUAUGUGCGUAACUCCCAUAAUAGGACAAAUCUACGCCAAUAUUUGAAGGAAUAUACAGAGAAAAUUGCAGCUAAAUAUCCUUACUGGAACAGAACUGAUGGAGCAGAUCAUUUUCUUGUAGCUUGCCAUGAUUGGGCUCCAUAUGAAACAAGGCCCCAUAUGGAGCAUUGCAUCAAAGCCCUCUGCAAUGCUGAUGUCACUUCAGGCUUCAAAAUAGGGAGGGAUGUGUCCCUUCCUGAAACAUAUGUCCGGUCACUCAGAAAUCCUCUCAGAGAUCUUGGAGGAAAACCACCUUCUCAGAGGCACACUCUUGCCUUUUAUGCUGGUAAUAUGCAUGGCUAUCUGCGACCGAUCUUGUUGAAGUACUGGAAAGACAAAAACCCUUCGAUGAAGAUUUUUGGUCCUAUGCCUCCUGGUGUUGCAAGCAAAAUGAAUUACAUCCAACACAUGAAGAACAGCAAGUAUUGCAUUUGCCCUAAGGGUUACGAGGUCAAUAGCCCCAGAGUAGUUGAAGCCAUCUUUUAUGAAUGUGUACCUGUAAUUAUAUCAGAUAAUUUUGUGCCACCAUUUUUUGAAGUCUUCAAUUGGGGGGCAUUCUCUGUAAUCCUUGCAGAGAAAGAUAUUCCCAACCUGAAAGAAAUAUUACUUUCAAUACCGGAAAAGAAGUAUCUUGAGAUGCAACUUGGGGUCAAGAAGGUUCAGCGACAUUUUCUUUGGCAUGCCAACCCAGUGAAGUACGAUCUCUUUUACAUGACCCUUCAUUCUAUUUGGUAUAAUAGAGUUUAUCAGAUAAAACCAAGAUGAGAACAUCAAUGAACAAGCAAUCAGGAAAAGUGAAUGCAAAGGUGGAAAUUGAAAUGACAUCACAUGAAAUGGGGGGUGAAGCUGUUUGUGAAGAAACCAUCCCAUGUCGUUUCCUGUCAAGCUAUAGAGGCUUACUGGAUAAAUCAGAUAAAUAAUAUGUAAAAGCGCUUGUAUCAUAUCAUCUCGGUGACUGACAGUUACUCUGUAUAUAACUGUUCCUUUCUUAUAAAAGAAAUUUGAAAUUUAGGGCUCA